AUGGGGAAUGCCAAGCUUGCCAUCUGUCAGCUCAGCUCUGACUGGCCUGUUGUUGAGAAAUGUCCUUUUGGCCACAUUGUCUACAGCAGUAGCCUUCUUCAUGGGACGCAAAACAUGGAGCUGAAGAGUACGGAGGGAAAUGAAGGAGCCAAGGACGUUGAAGAGUACGAGGUGGCGGGCAUCGUCACCGAAAAGGCUAUCGGUCAGUGGAUAUCUUCGGGCAACGAGCCUAGGCAAAACGAGCUGAAGGUGGUUACGUUAGCCAGGAAUCUGACGUCCAGUAAGAUCCAGAGGAAGCAUGAUGAUCAACAUGGCGGAGAUUACAAAAAGAUGCCUUACUGUCGAGCCUUGCCUAUCAGCCUGACCCCGGAUGGACCCCAAGGGAAGGACGAGGCCAGCAGUGAAGCAACUGCGAGAUGCAGAAGGAGAAUUGUUGACAGAUUACCAGUUCAAGUGCUGCCUUUGUUUGCUUCUUUUGCAUGGAACCCCAUGGAAGCACCAGUAUGCUAUCCUUGGGCCUUGAAUCUUUCAUACUGGUAUCAUAAAGGACUGAGCGUCUAUGUGUUUCCGACAUGGAAGGCGAUAACGGUCGUGGCUGUAUCUGGUUUAUAG